UCUGCGGUCCUUUCCUCACCUAGAGGAUUCGACGUUGUUCAGGCGUACAACCGAGCAUUGGAAGAUGACCAAAUCCCUCAUCCCAUAGCUGCUAUACUUGCUUUGGUCGAAUUGAUGGAAACUUCCACUGCAUCCACCAUUUCAGGUCUUGCAACGGAGCUCAUGCAUGCUCGUCAAACGUUGAUCGAAACUCAAGCCAGUUUGGGAGUCAGAGCAGGUUGUCAACUCUGGGAAAGGUUCUUCGCUCUUUCCGCGGGAUCAGAGGAAUUCCCAGCUUACAAACGAUCUUUAAUCACCCAAGGGAGAUCUUUCUGUUUGGUAACUGCUCCUCAAUGUAGGGAAAAGAUUGCCAAUUUGGCUGUGGGGUUUAUCAAAGAUGAUUGUACGAUCUUGACACAUUCGUAUUCGAGACCCGUAGUUCAGACCAUUUUGAGAGCACACAGGCAAAACAGACGUCUCAAAGUUUAUGUGACAGAAGCACGGCCAGCUUGUACAGGACUACGCACUCACCAGAUCCUCACUGCUGCAGGAGUCCCAUGCACCGUAGUCUUGGAUUCUGCAGUGGCUUACAUCAUGGAAAGGGUCGAUAUGGUCAUGGUGGGUUCUGAAGCGGUAGUAGAGAGUGGAGGUCUCGUGUCCGCCGUCGGUACCUACCAAAUAGCUCUUGUCGCCAAAUCGAUGCAAAAACCUUUUUACGCUUUAGCCGAAUCAUAUAAAUUCCUACGUCAUUACCCUCUAUCUCAAACCGAUCUGCCGAUCCCUCGUCUAGCUUCGGCAGAAAUCCAAACACCUCUUUCUUUCCCUUCUUCAUUUUCUACCUCUCAACCCGUUCGUCCACAUACACCCCUUUCGCAAGUAUCUCCCAUCAAACAAAGUCAUCCGAUAUCAAAUGAAGAUCUCAGCACCAACGAAAGGAAUGAAUUCGAUAAAUCCGACACACAGAGGAAAGAUGAGAAGAAUGUAUUGAGGAUGUCAGAGGAAAUGAUCGCCAUGAAUCCAAAAGUGGACGUUACGACCCCUGAUUUGAUAGAUUUUAUCAUUACGGAUUUAGGAGCACCUUUGAGUCCGACUUCUGUCAGUCAAUAUCUCGUUGCGCAAUUUUCAUCUUGA